UCCUGGCUCCACCGUGGUUACUGCAGUAGUCCAGCAGCCAGUCGGGAGCCACAGAGCAACUGCCACAACUUGCUACCUCACCUCAUCCUUACUGCCCCCAGCCCUGAGCUCAGGCACGGAGAUCAACUAGUAGGCAACCAGGACAGACAGAGAGACACACCUCGGGAGAGAGUACCAGGCCAGGAACUUUCCAUACCUGCCUCUGUUUACGGAUACCGGUUACAGAUACCCUGCACAGCCACCAUCGCAUCGACACAGCAGGAGUCUACCCCUCUCUCUCUCUCUCUCUCUCUCUCUCUCUCUCUCUCUCUCUCUCUCUCUCUCUCUCUCUCUCUCUCUCUCUCUCUCUCUAUUUUUCCCUCACUGAUACUGAGGAGAGGACACUCUCUCUCCUUCAACUGCUUUUUCCUCUCCCUCUCUGCUUCUCUUUCUCUAAAGCGUAGCUCCGGCAGCACUGCGCUCCCUCUCCUCCUCCUCCCCUCUCUCUAACCAGCACCCCCAUCUCUCCACCUCCCCCCCACCCCCUCAGGAAGAAUACUGCUAACUGUGCUGCACGCGGCAGGCUGCAGCUGCUAUAGCCACGGCCAGGCAAACCAUCGCAGGGAGAGGACCAGAAGAGAAGAGAGAAAAAGAGAGGACAGUGGGAUGACUGCGUCAGGAGUCCUUUAGCUUUUUUCUCUCUCUCUUUCUCCAUCCAUCAGAGCGGGGCGAAUCAGGCACCAGCUAGCCUUCGGCAAAGUCACCGAGACGGAGGGCUCUCAGCCGACAUACACACAGAAACACAGAAACACACACACACUCACGAGGACCUGCCAGACCGGUGGAUUUAAAAGAAAAUUGAUUGUCAUUUUUUUCCUUUCUGCUCGGUGUGUCUGGCUUUUACUGCUUGAUGGAGCAGUGUGAUUCGUCAACAGAGGGGCCGUGUGUCUGCGGCUGCAGGCAGGGAGAGGGGGAGAGGAGGAGGGCCGGGGGACGCCAGUCACCUGCUUAGCUUAACCCACACGGCCUGUCCUUUCCCACCGAGCUUCUAGUCUCUACACACUGCUCUGCUCCACUCUCACCACCGGCAAACAGGAGACAUUUUGUUCCAUUAGUUAACACAGGAACAUUACCACCACUUUCCAGAUUGAAGGAGAAGAACUGAAUAUAAAUACACUUUUCACAUUUCUGUUUUUCCAUGGAAAGGGAAAUAUACAUGACUCUGGUUCCUGAUUGUUUUUUGUGAUAUUCAGAAAAGAAGAAACAAGGGGCCGUUUAAGAACUAAUGAGCGUCACCCAGUCUCGUCGAUGGCGUGGCGAAUCCUGUCCUUGCUCCAGCCAGGGUAGGAGGGUGGUGCGUCCUCCUCUAGUGUCCGUCUCGCCCCAACAUGCUGAACAAUGAGCCCUCCGCAACAUGAGUACUGUGGGCCGGGUUUAUCUGCAGCCCACCUGGAACGCAGCCCUGCUCGCCCUGCUAGCCCUCACCAUGGUGCCAGCUCUCAGUGUGUGCCAGCCUGCCGGCCUGGGUCCGCCCCCCAACCCCCAGAACUGUCCGGUGGUGUGCUCCUGCACCAACCAGAUCGGUAAGGUUGUGUGUACACGCCGUGGCCUGGUCAGGGUUCCCCCCGGGAUCCCCACCAGCACCAGGUACCUCAACCUGAUGGAGAACAGCAUCGAGACCAUCCAGGCUGACACCUUCAGACACCUACACCAUCUGGAGGUGCUGCAGCUCGGCAGGAACGCCAUCAGGCAGAUUGAGGUGGGGGCCUUCAACGGCCUCACCAGCCUCAACACCCUGGAGCUGUUUGACAACAGACUGACGGGGAUCCCCAGCGGGGCUUUUGAGUACCUGUCCAAGCUGAGGGAGCUGUGGCUGAGGAACAACCCCAUUGAAAGCAUCCCCUCCUAUGCCUUCAACAGGGUGCCCUCUCUGAUGAGGCUGGACCUAGGGGAGCUCAGGAGGCUAGAGUACAUUUCUGACGGGGCCUUUGAGGGCCUGCAGAACCUCAAGUACCUGAACCUAGGGAUGUGUAACCUCAGGGAGAUGCCUGUCCUGUCUCCCCUGACUGGCCUGGAGGAGCUGGAGAUGUCUGAGAACACUUUCCCUGAGAUGAAGCCUGGCUCUUUCCGUGGCCUGCGCUCGCUUCAGAAACUCUGGAUUAUGAACUCUGGGAUCACCGUGAUCGAGAGGAACGCCUUCGAUGACAUCACAGCACUGGUGGAGCUGAAUCUAGCCCAUAAUAACCUGUCAUCUCUCCCCCAUGACCUCUUUGCCCCGCUGCAGUACCUAGUGGAGCUCCAUCUCCACCACAACCCCUGGAGGUGUGACUGUGACGUGGUCUGGCUGUCCUGGUGGCUCAGGGAGUACAUCCCCACUAACUCCACCUGCUGCGGCCGCUGCCACUCCCCUGCCCACAUGAGAGGACGAUACCUGGUGGAGGUGGACCAGACCACAUUCCAGUGCUCUGCUCCCUUCAUCCUGGAUGCUCCAAGGGACCUCAACAUCUCUGCAGAGAGAGUGGCUGAGCUCAAGUGUCUUACGGCCGCCAUGUCAUCGGUCCGAUGGCUGCUUCCUAAUGGGACCGUUCUGACCCACGGCUCGUCUCACCCUCGGAUCUCUGUCCUUAAUGAUGGAACGCUCAACUUCUCCAAUGUUUUGCCAUCGGACAAGGGUGUCUAUACUUGCAUGGUGACUAAUAUGGCAGGUAACUCCAACGCCUCAGCCUACCUGAAUGUCAGCAAUGCUGAGCUCAACACCUCCAACCUGUCCUAUUUCACUACAGUGACUGUGGAGGUGCUGGAGCCCACCGUAGAAGAGACCCCCAAACCCAAACCCACAGUCCCAGCCUCGCCCUCAGUGUUCCAGCCUGUCUUCAUCUCCACGCCCACCAUGCUGCUCCAGAGCACCCAGACCCCCCGCCAGGUGUCUCUCCCCACAGCCCGUGGCCCCACCCACCCCUCCGCCAGCCUGGACGAGGUCGUGAAAACAACCAAGAUCAUCAUUGGCUGCUUCGUUGCCGUGACGCUCCUUGCCGCUGCCAUGUUGAUCGCCUUCUACAAGCUGCGUAAGCGGCACCAGCAGCGGAGUACGGUGGCAGUGGCUCGGACCAUUGAGAUCAUCCAAAUGGAUGAGGAGGUUCCCGAGGUUCCCCCGGCCAGGUCAGGUUCUAGCGAGUCUGAGGAGAUGGGGCUGGCUCUGCCCACCAUCUUAAAAGCAAGAUACAUCUCAUCAUCCUCAUCGUCCUCCCACAGAGACAGAGACAGAGACAAAGACAGAGACAGAGACAGGGACAGAGCUGCCUACGGGGCUCACUGGACCCAUAACAACCUGGGAAACUCCCUGCACCGUUCCUCCAGCCGCCAGCAUCAUCAGCAGCACCACCACAGCCUCAUCAGCACCAUCGCAGAGCCCUACGUCAUUAAGACCACUCACACCAAGGAGAUGGUCCAGGAGACCCAGAUCUAAGGGACUCAUGGCGGGCCUUACUGUGGAUCUAACUGUGUGGAUCUAACUGUGUGGAUCUAACUGUGGAUCUAACUGGGUGGAUCUAACUGGGUGGAUUUCUAUAUGGAUCUGACUCUACUCCCUCCUCUCUUCCUCUCCUCACUGCUCACCAGUCCAUGCAAUAGAAUGCACAAAGAAGACGGUAACUUUCUUUUGUACAGAGUGCAAAAUGGAGACAGUUUUAUCUAUCUUGUACAUGCUUAUACAUAAAUAUAGAAAUGUAAAAAAUAUACAUCUAUAUAACUUAAUCUAAUAUGGGGAUGGUGUUGGGAUUAUGUAUCAAAGAAGAAAGUAAAAUUGAAACUAUUUUCUAAUAACUUGUAAGUUCUAUUUAAAAGCGAGAGAUGUUGAGGUCUCGAUGAUGGUAUGUUUGAUUGAUUGAGGGAGGAGCUGUCUUGAGGGAAACUGUUCUUUUUGUCAUUUAGACCAUUUAGGAUGUAGUAAAAGCCCUUUAUACCCACAGCAGUUUAUAAAACAACAAGCCCUAACAUCAGAUCAGGCAUCGCAGGUUCAUCUUAUAAAAGCGGCAGUUUGUACUGUGCCAAACGUUACAAAUACAACAAAGGACUCCGGAAGAUUAUGAAAACCAACAGCCACAUCCAACAAAAUCUAGACAGAAAGACAGAGAGUAAUUUGUCGAGGGAGAGACAUGGAGAGAAGAGCAUAGAUUUUGCUGUUCAGUAGCUAUCAGCCAAAUGGUUUUAGACUGCAGUGAAUUUCUGCAGCUAAGGUUUAACCCUUUGUUUUCCGGAGCACAGCUACACAUCUAUCUAAAAACAGCUCUUUAUGUUACUGAAUCUAAACCCAUUUAGUACGGUUGUAUUUGAUUUACCCCAGGUUCCCUUGGCUAAGAUGAAGGACAGGCUAUUAUGAACAGAGAUUUGGUGUGGUUUCUUCAUGCAGAUUUAGGUGGCAUAAGGUAUUGUUCUUUUUUAUUUUUGUCUCGGGUUGUGACAUGCUUCUUAAUGGCAUGUGUAGUGUUUAGGGUUAAUGUAGUGCUGCAUUACAGUGGUUCUCUGUCUGCUCUCUGUAAGGGCUCGUUCUAAUGGUAAUCCCUCACAGUUACAGACGUGGUGCAGAGAGACUGGGGUUUGCUGACCAAUCUGCUUUUGGAAGAAAAAAAGGAGCUGGGCUGAAAUUAAAUGAAUGUCGGACAUUGGGCUUGUUUCUCUAUGGACUUCAUUGAAACAAUGAAAUUGUUUUUUCUUUUCGUUAUUUUGGGUAUUAUUUCGAGAAACACUAUUUUUAUGGGGUGUCUAUAAGGAGGCUACAAAAAAUAAAACCUUUGGUUUGUAUUUCUCUACUUGGAGACACUUCAACGUGCCAUUAUUUUCCCUGUCCCUCUUGAUGACAGUGUGGAGAUAUUAGCUUGUAAGCCUGAUAGCAUGUCAGUCCACAAACACUGAACAGAAUGCAUUCAUAAUUCUAAAUGGAGCCCUACCCCCUACCCUCCUAGUCACAACUGUAGAUCGGAAAAGGAUCAGAUAAACUUGAGCAAUAUGGCAAUUGCUUCACCUUGCCUUCUGAUAGACUUGUGGAAUUCUUUGCCAUAUUCCUUGCACCUAUCCAAUCAUUUCAGACGUACAGUACAUCAGUGCUACGGGGGUAGGGGGUAAGAUGGAGUAAGAAUUUGGAGGUCCAUGCUAUUUAUAUGUUAGAUGUGAUAAGAUAUGGUCUACCCUCCUCUUCCCCAGUUAUUCCUAUGCAUUGCGUUUCCACUGGUCCCUGUCAGUGAAUGAGUCUUUAAGUGAGGCUGUGUACAAUGCUGCAUUAUCCUCCCUCCCACACUGGAUCUCUAUGAGAGGGCCUUCUGAUCUCUGCUGCUUCACGUUGCCUAGGGGUUUAGGUAGACACACACACACGCUGAAUGCCAAAUCAGCCUCCAGCCCCUUCCCCAUAGGCACUCCUGUAGAGUUAAAAAAAAUAAUAGGUACAAGCAAUAUGGUAGCAGCCCCCUUGUCCUAGGUGGUAUUGUCACUAUAUGCUCACUAUGCUCACACACAUACAAUCCGUUCAGAUCUACAGCAGUGCAUAGUUGCUAGAGGGGCAGUGCAAAUAAUCUGACAUGGAUUCCUCUCCUUACAUAUUUUUCUACUAUUUUCCUGAUGUGAGGGGACUUUACAGGAGAAUGAAAAGUAUUGGUAUUCUUCCACCAAUUGCUUUCCCUCUUGUCCUGUAGUGUCACAACAGUGCAAAUGAAGGAAACAAGGAGAGAAAGCUACUUUUGAUCAUUGAGAUGCAGCCCAAGUGGUAGACUUAACAAGGCAAUACUUUCCAAAUGUAGCGGUACAGUGAAAUACAUAGUACAUCAUAUAAAUAAUUUGCAUAUUGUUAAACUAAUUUCUGAAUGAAAAUGAACCACUCCUUUUAUCAUUAAGUAGAUCUGUACUUCAGGUAACUGCCAAAAUAAAGGAAACACCAACAUAAAGUGCCUCAAUAGGGUGUUGGGCCCCCACGAACAAGAACAGCUUCAACACCUUGGCAUAGAUUCUACAAGUGCCUGGAACUUUAUUGGAGGGAUGUGACUUCAUUCUUCCAUGAGAAACUGCAUAAUUUGGUGUUUUGUUGAUGGUGGUGGAAAACGCUGUCUCAGGCACUCCUCCAGAGUCUCCCAUGAGUGUUCAACUGGGCUGAGAUUUCCACACACGCACACGCACACGCACACA